AUGGAGACCGUCAAGAACGCCGUCAACUACGUUUCCGAGUCCGUCCAGGGCGCCGGGGCCUCUGCCUCCAAGGAGACCAACAAGAACGUGGCCAAGGACAACGACGCCUCCCUCACCUCCCGCGCCACUGCCGCCAAGGACGCCGUCGUCGACAAGAAGGACGAGAAGUCCCACGAUGCUAAGGCCGAUGUCCACAAGGAGGCUGCUAAGAACUAA